AAAAAUAUAUAUAUACUUUACAUACUUACAUAUAAAAAUAUAACUAUGUUAUAAAGAAGAAAAAACAGUAAAGAAAACUUGAAUAGCGAAAAUUAUAAAAACAAAGAGAUGACAAGUGUUGAAAAUUAAUAAAUGCAUUUAUUAUAAAAACAAAUUUUCAGGAAAAAAUAAAGUUAUAAAAAAAAGGAAACAUUCCCCUUAUUUUUAUUUUUUCUUCAAAAUAAACAUAUUUUUUAAAGAAAUAUUCUAUAUAUAAAUACAAGCUGAAAAACAUAUACUUAUCCUCAAUACUUUUGAAAAUGUUGUAUAUAAAAUUAAAAAUCUUAUAAAGGAUUAUACAAAGGAUAUUCAUAAAACUGAAUGGAAUUGUUACUUUUUAACUACUACCCCAGUUCUAUUUAUUAUAAAAAUAUUUUACAAAGUCGUACAUUUAUAAUUACUAUUCAAUUGUUUUAAUAGCUCAACAACUACUACUAUUACUCAUCAUACUAUUGCUAAAGAACAUAAAGAAAAUAUCAAAAAAAAAAUCAUAAUAAAAUUAUAAAAAAAAAAUAUACAAAAAAUUUAAAAAAUAUUCAUUUGUCACAAUUUUAAAAAAAUAUAUCCAUGUUCCGGAUACGACGAAAAAGGAGUUCAUUUAAUAAUAUUAAACGUCGUAAGAGAAGGAAAAAAUUAAAUAUAAAGAAAAUAUAAUAAAACAGCAAAAAAGAACAACAAUAUUAUUCGUUAUAAAAGAAAGAAAUAAAAUAAAUUAAAAAAAAAUAUAAAAAAAUAAAAAAUAUUUUUUAAAUAAAAACAAAAACCAAAAUUAAAUUAAAUAUUAUUAUACAUAGUACAUAUAAUAAUAAUAUAUCUACUUAUUAUAUACAAACACACAUAUACACAUGUAUAAAAUAAUUUAAUUUGUUAAUAUAAUAAAGAUAACAGGUAUAAUUACAAAAAGAAAAAGAGAGUAAGAAUAAUAAAAAAUUAUGGAAAAAACAAAAAUAUAAGAGAAGGAAAAAAUUCAUUAUAAAAGUUUUGUAAUAAAACAAGAGAUAAUUAAAUAAUAUGUGUAUAACAAUAAUAAGAAAACUAAAUAUAAGAUAAUAAUUAAAGUUAAGGAGAAAAUUUUUACAAAAUGACACGUUAUAAAAUAAAAAAUCAAAAAAUAUUAACUUGUUGUUCAAUAUUAGUGGCCUUAUUGGCACAUUUAGUUAAAUGUAGUGAAUUUCCAGAACGUGAAUGUUGUGAUUUAACAACAACAUCAACUGUUGGCCCAUUAUUAAUACCACCGGCGGCAGCAACUGAAAAAACAACAAUAACAACAUCAUCAGCACAAGUAAUACCAACUGGUAGAUCAGGGUCUAAUAUUAAGGCUGCCAUUGCAAUAUUAAAUUGUAUUUUAGCAAGACAAUUAUGUUUUGAAGAUCCAUCAUGUUCGGCCAUAUUAGAAAUUAUUCCUCGUGUUUGUGGACCAAUACCAGUGGCAUGUGCUACUGUUACGGUAACGAAAUGUCAAGCAGCAUUGAGAACACUUCAAGCGUUUCCAUUUUUUCGUCCAACAUGUCUGUGUAAAGAACCAGGAGUUGAUCCAGACUGUAAUAAUUUUCGUGAUUUUCUUUUUGAUCAUCCGUGUGGUUUCGUUCUUAAGAAAGCGGAAAAAGAUCCUUAUCCAAUUGAUGCACUACCGACAUGUAAUCAUGCGCUAUCAGUAUGCCAACAAGAAAGAAAAUGUUCUAAAUUAUUUGAUGAUUUUAAAUUAAAUUGUAAAGUUCGAGACAAUAAAUGUCGAAUGGAUGACAGAGAUUUAUGCCACGAAUCAUGGACAAAUUUAAGAUUAUCCCCUAUGUUUGGUUGCAUCUGUCCAAAUAAUCAUAUGAAACGACGAUGUGAUCGAAUAUUUAAUGUUGUCAAUCACAAUCCAUGUGUUGACCUUAUAUUGAUAUCACAAAUACUUGAUCAUCAAUUACCACAAUCAUCGGAGUCAUCGAAUUCAGUAUAUUAUUCAGAUUCAAAUGAAGAAACAACAAUUAUUAAUAAUAAUUAUAAUAAUAAUUCAACAAAACAAUUGUUAUAUACUGUUGUUGGUGGUGUAUCAUCAUUUUUUAGUUUUUUAUUUCCAUCGAAAAAAAUUCCAUUAGCAUUGGCAUCAUUACGUCCAGCAACUGAUGAUGAACAUACAAAUAAUCAACAUCAUGAAGAUCGUAUUGAUAUUGAUAUGGAUGGUGAUACUAUUAUUGAUAAUGAUAAUAUAAAUGAUAUGAAUAUGUAUAAUAUUAAUUUAAAUCAAAGACAUCAUAUAUUUAAAAAUACAAAAAUAAAAUAUAAUAAUAAUAAUAAAGGACAUAGUAUAUAUGAUGAAGAUGAAUUAUCACCAACUCAAAUACCACCAAUACAACAACAACAAUCACCACCGCGUUUUAGGGAAUUUUAUAAUAAAAAUAUAACAAAUAUUAAUUAUAAUAUUUACAAUAAUAAUAAUAAUAAAUAUAACAGUCAUGAUUAUAAUAAUAAUGCAUUUGAGCACAAAACAGCUGAGAAAUAUUAUAGCACAACUGCACCAAUAGAUGAGCACAAUCACCAUUUGCACAAUACUAUUAAUAAUAAUGACUUGAAUUACAAUAAUAGCAUUAGUAGCAUCAACUAUCAUCAUAGGGGAAAAACCGUAUCAAAUACUAUCGGUAAGAUAAUAAAUAAUAUUGAUGGCCAACAAAAUAGGCCAACAACAAUUGGUGGAGACCAAUAUCAUCAUCAACAACACAAUCAUCAUCAUCAUCAUCGUCAUAAUUGGGAUUUUAAAAAUAUGAACAUGGAUGAAAGGGUCAGAGUUAUGGGAAUGGAUGAUACCUACCAUCAAACAGUCUAUGACGAAAGUUUGGCACUCAUUGAUACUCCACUUAUAGUUUCAACCAGUACACAUUCCUUCCAUCAUCAUAAGGCUGUCACAUAUCCAUACAAUUUGACUGCAUUCCAAGGAACCAAUACUGCAUCAAUGGAAGUAGAUGGCAGUAGCACCAACGGCUAUGAUUAUAAAAGUGGACAAGAAGCGCAAACAGAUCGUUCAGCAGAAAUAAUGAAACUACAUUUUCAGAGUAACUGCCAUACAGCAUUGGAUGCUUGUAGAGAAGAUCCGUCCUGUUCAACAUCAUUACAACCAAUGUUAAUACAUUGUGAAUCGCAUCGAUGCAAUCGUAAUGCAUGCAUGGCUGCUCUACAACAAUUCUAUAAAGGUCCACAUGAAGAUUUAAGUUUGGAUAUUGCAUUCUGUUUAUGCAAGAAAAUACCAAGCCGUCAUGAUGUAUGCAUGAUCGCACAAGAAAAACUUCAUCCGGUAUGUGCACAAAGACCACCUGAAAACUUAUAUCCACAAAAUUCAAAUGGAAUAUAUUAUCAUCCACCACCAGGAUGUCACAUUGUAGCUGAUUUAUGUAAAGAGGAUCGAGAGUGCAGAAUAAAAUUAGAAUUCUAUGAGCAAGCAUGUGCGGUCGAUAGUGUUACAAGAAAAUGUGCUGGAAGACCAAGUAGUUGUCGUUCUGCAUUGAUUGGUAUUUUAGGAACGCCUUUACGUAUAAAUUGUGCAUGUCAAGGAACGGACGAAACAAAUUUAUAUCAAUGUUUGGGAUGGCAAAGAUUAUUGUGGUUGAAUCCAUGUGUUGUUGAAGCUCAAAAAGAUUUUCAUGUUAAGAGAUUAGCUGAAUUAGGUUUAUUAACAACAUUAGCUACAACUACUACAACAACAACAACUACAACAACAACUACAACACCAGCACCAACUCGCCCACCAAUUGUUGUUUAUCAAAAAACAACAAGAACACCUAUUAUACCGAAAAUUACUGUACCAAAACCAAGGCCACCAAUUCAUUCAAAUGAAAUUGAAGAACAACUUCCAGUAACAUUAAAAGAGAAUGAACCAAAUAAUAAUGAUUUAGAUGAACUUGAUAAAAAUAAUGAUGAUACAUAUGAACCACAAGAGUCUGAAGAAUCUGAAGGUAAAGAUAUUAUACCAGUAUAUCCAACAGAAUUAAUACCAACACCAGAAUUAACAACGGUUUCAACAACAACAUCAACAACAACUGAACCAACAACAACACAAGCACCAAGAAAUUGUGUAGUCCAGCGUCCACACCAAUCAGAUCAAUUAAUUCCAGAAGGAAUGAGUAGGAGAAUUUAUCUAUUGGAAGAAUCUGAAUGCAGUGAUCUGUGUACCUGUGGUGAAUCACUAACAUUAACAUGCCAUGCACUUUGUGUGCAAUUUACACCAUGUAGGACAGCGCUUGCAUUUUAUAGUCAUGCAUCACCAGCAUACCAAGCGUAUCGUGGUAGAUGUUUAUGCUAUUCAGGACGUUUUAUAUGCAUGAAACCACCUCUUGGAGAAUAUACAUUACCAGGUGGAAUAUUUUUAUUACUCGGUUAUAGUUCCACAGAUGAAGCAUUAUUGAGACCUCAUACAAAUUUAGGUGUACAAGAUGCUGUAAGAGCUUUACAACAAUAUGUUAUUAAACAUAUUAAUAAUGAGACACAAUGUGUCCUAACACUAUUCAAUAUGACAGACGAAAAUGUCAUAAUAUCAGCUCAAAUUCCAUCAAAUGAUCCAAAAGUAAAAUCAAUAGAUAUGUUGAGAAGAGAAAAGGACGAAUGUACACCAAUUUUACAAACGAUUAGUGAUCAUAUUAAUAGUGAACAUAGUGAAUUACAAGCUCAUCGAUUACUUAGCAUAUUUAAAAUGUCUGAAGUUGAAGUGAUUUGGCCAGAUAAUAAUGGUGGCGCUGGUUUAACAACGUCAAUUCAUAAUAAAAUUAAAAUUUUUAAUUUUGAUAUAGCUACAAAAUAUAUAUUUUUUAUUUUAACUAUAGUUAUAACAAUGUCAACAUCAUCAAUACAAAAUUAUUUUACAACUUCUACCAUCAGUUGGAUAUUUGUAACAAAAGAAAUAUUUACAGGGACAUGACAUUAGUUUCAAUAACCAAAAAAAAAUUAGAAAGACCUUAAUAUUAUUAUUCAACCACAACAACAAAUAAAAUAUAAACAAUUAAAUAAAUACAAUAAAUAUUUAUAAGAAAAUUUAAUAUAUAUAUAUAUAUAUAUAUACAUUAAUAAUAUAAUUAUAAAGUUAUUAAUAUUAAAUUAUAUUAUAAAAUAAAUACCAUUAAAAAUAAGUUAUGGCGCAUAAUAAAAAUAGAAAAAUAAAAAAUGCUAGAAAUAAUUAAAAUAAAUUGAAAAAAAAAAAAGAAAACAUAGAAUUUUUUUUUACGAAAAGCUGUAAAGGAUAAUGUGGAAUAAAUAUUGUAUAAAUAUACACACAUAAAUAUAAAAUAAAAUGUU